UGUCUCUCUGCAGGUGCAUUUGUACGUUUUUCAAGGCCAGCUGCAAACUUUUUAGUUUAAGACAGGCCUCCCCAGACUUGCGAUUUUUAUAUUAUGUAUAUUGGCUUUACAACUGAAUUUUAUCUAGAUUUGCCUAAUUUUAUUAGGUGUGCUUGGUUGUGUGUGGUUUUUUUUAAAAGCGCAUUGGUUUUUAUCUGUAUUUUCUUAGGAACGUUUUGUAUUAUGUGAGCCACUUAGAGAGCUUCCCGCCUCUCCAAUUGUAUUAUAGUUGGAAGAGACCCCGAGGAUUGUCUAGUCCAAUCCCCUUCAAUGCAGAAAAAUAUGCAGGAUCGAACCUGCAACCUUGGCGUUAUCAGCACCAUGCUCUAACCAGCUGAGUAAUCCAGGCAAAAACACUUUUAAGUGCUUCACACAUCUUGUCAACUAAAACACAAUUCCAUCGUGGGGUUUCAAAAUCAGACUGGUAGUAAAAAUCAAAGUUUUUUUAAAAAUUAAAAUACAGCAGUUGGCGAUCGGGUGGAGCUUUGCUCCGGGUAGGGAGGGGCAGGGGAAAGCCUGGCACUCACAUACACGACUCACAUGCCUGUCCAGAACAUGUCUAGACUCCCAGUGGCACAUAAACUGGGAACCAUGUUGCAAGAGAAGGAAUGCAAGAAGGUGAGAGCUGCCAGCAGACCGGUAGCAAGUCAAGGAAGGUGAGUGGAUUUUUGAAAAACCUGAUUCCAACCAGCUGCUAUUGCUCAAUGAGCAGGAGUUAUACUUUAAUAUUUUAGCGUCGGGGUGCCCACUGGCAUCAUAUGCCCACGACUGCGUGCCGUUUCUUCCUAGAACUAUAGCCCAGUUCUAGGAAAUGGAAAGUUAACGAUAUUCCAUCAAUGAGUGAGUGGCAGUCGAAGCUUCUGGAUUACAUGGAAAUGGCCAAUCUAACCUAUAGAAUCCGGGAUCAGGAUGAAGGAAAGUUCAAACUGCAAUGGAGUAAAUUUGUUGAAUAUGCUAAGACCAAUUAUAAAGAAGACAAAAUGAGGGCCAUGUUUCUGUCCGGCUUGUCUCCUCCUUCCAGAGGAUGGGAAAGAGCUGCAGCUGAGCCAACUCAGAGGCUGGUGACUUUCAGAGAUGUGGCCGUCUAUUUCACAGAGGCGCAAGGAGCUCUGCUGGACCCAAAUCAGAGAGCUCUGUAUAGAGAGGUCAUGAUGGAGAAUUAUGAGAACGUGACCUCCUUAGGAUUUCCAGUUGCAAAGCCUAUCCUCAUCACUCGCCUGGAACAAGGAGAAGCUCCAUGGGUACCAGAUCCUCGGAAUUUGGGCAGCAAUUGCUCAGGUAUCUUGAGGAAGAAGAACUCGUGCCGCAAGUGUGGGAAAUGCUUCUCUCAGAAACCGGAUCUCGUCAUACACCGGUUGGUCCACAUGGGAGAGAAGCCUUUCAAGUGCUUGGAGUGUGCGAAGUAUUUCGUUCACCAUUCGGAGCUCGUGAAACACCAGCGGGUCCACACAGGGGAGAGGCCCUUCAAGUGCCUGGAGUGUGGGAAGUGCUUUUCGCGCCAGUCGGUCCUCGUGAACCACCACAGGAUCCACACAGGGGAGAAACCCUACAAAUGCCUGGAGUGCGUGAAAUGCUUCACCCAGAGAUCGCAGCUUGUCAGGCACCGGAGAGUGCACACGGGAGAGAAGCCAUACAAGUGUCCCGAGUGCGAGAAGUGUUUCGCACGCCACUCAGUCCUCAUCAAUCACCAAAGGGUCCACACGGGGGAGAAGCCUUACCAGUGCUUGGAGUGUGCGAAAUGCUUCGCGCGGCAGUCCGUCCUUGUGAACCACCAGAGGGUCCACACGGGGGAGAAGCCCUACAAGUGCCAGGAGUGUGGGAAGCGCUUUGCUCACCAGUCGAACCUCGUGAACCACCAGAGGGUCCACACGGGGGAGAAGCCCUACAAGUGCUUGAAUUGUGGGAAGUGUUUCGCCCAGCAGUCGGACCUCGUGAAACACCGGCGCAUCCACACGGGGGAGAGGCCCUACAAAUGCCUGGAGUGCGGGAAGUGCUUCGCCAUCCAUUCGGACGUCGUGAACCACCAGCGAGUCCACACGGGGGAGAGGCCUCACAAAUGCCAGGAGUGCGGGAAGUGUUUCGCUCAGCGCUCGGCCCUGGUGAGCCACCAAAGAGUGCACACGGGAGAGAAACCCUACAAGUGUAUGGAGUGCGAGAAAUGCUUCUCUCAGCUGUCCAACCUCGUGAAGCACCAGCGGGUCCACACGGGAGAGAAGCCCUACAAAUGCUUGGAGUGUGGCAAGUGUUUCGCUCGGCACUCGCACCUCCGUGUUCACCACAGAGUUCACUUGAGAGCGAAAGCCAGCCAACGCCUCAACAAUCACGAGAGCUUGAUGGAGGAAGGGAGCCUUAUUCUGUAUCAAAUAGCCAAGCGCGGGGACAAAGGACUACAAUUCCCAGCGGCCACUGGGCUUCCGUGCGCCCCAGCUUGGAGGAGCCCGGAUGAGGGAUGGGAUGGAAUUGUCAGGAGCGACACCGAGGAAACGACCGCAGGAGUCCUGGGAAAGCGCGCAAGGGGAUGCAGAAUGAUGUCGGCGCUUGAAUCUGGAUUAUCCCCGCUUUCUGUAGAAAUGACAAGGGCAGUAACGGAGCUGGCUCAGAGUCCGGUGACUUUUGAAGAUGUGGCCGUGUAUUUCACGGAGAGCCAGGGAGCUCUGCUGGAUCCAGACCAAAGGACCUUGUACAGGGAUGUCAUGAUGGAGAACUAUGGGAAUGUGGCCUCACUGGGAUUUCUGUGCCCAAAGCCUGAACUCAUCUCCCAGAUGGAACAAGGAGAAGAACUCUGGGUACCUGAAUCCCAAAACAGAGGUGAAGCAGGGAUCAUUGACGCCUGCUCAGGUGACCCUCUGGAAAUGGAAGCGUGCCCCCGGUGCGGGAAUCGUUGUGGCGUUGUGCCCCAGAGAAUCUUGGUGGGCAAGAAAUCCUUCCGGUGUUUGGUGUGCGGGGAGUGUUUUGCUCGGCAGCCGGGCCAUGUCGCGACCCAGGCAGGAGAGAAAACCUACAAAUGCCUGGAAUGCGGCGAUGGCUUCGAACAGCAUGCAGCCUUCGUGAGCCACUGGAGGGUCCACACCGGAGAGGAGCCGUACGAAUGCCUGGAGUGCGGGAGGUGUUUCCCUCAGCCCUCGUCCCUCGUGAAGCACCGGCGCGUCCACACGCCCAAUAGGCCCCACACGUGCCUGGAGUGUGGAAAGGGCUUCGCUCUGGAGUCGUCCCUUUUGGCCCACCAGAAAACCCACCUGCAGGACAAGCCCCACAAGUGUUUGCAGUGUGGGGAACACUUUGCCGACCACCCGGCCUUCGUGAGGCACCAGAGGGUCCACACGGGGAAGAAGCCCUACAAGUGCCUGGAGUGUGGGAAGUGCUUUGCCGACAGGUCGCACGUCGUGACGCACCAGAGAGUGCACCAAGGAGCCAACCCCUACAAGUGCCUGGAGUGCGGGGAAUGUUUUGACCAGCAUUCUGCCCUCGUGAGCCACUGGAUGAUACACACUGGGGAGCAGCCCUACGAGUGCCUGGAGUGCGGCAAGUGUUUCCCUCGGCCCUCGGCGCUCGUGAAGCACUGCCGCGUCCACACCUCCGAGAAGCCCUACACGUGCCUGGAGUGCGGCAAGUUCUUCGCCCAGCAGUCGGGGCUCGUGAAACACCAGCGCAUCCACACGGGGGAGAGGCCCUACGCCUGCUCCGAGUGCGGGAAGUCUUUCGCCGACAGCUCGUCCCUGGUGAGGCACAAGAGGGUCCACACGGGGGAAAAGCCCUUUGCCUGCUCCGAGUGCGGGAAGCGCUUUUCGGACCGCUCGAACGUCUUGGCUCACAAGAGGGUCCACACGGGCGAGAGGCCCUACAAGUGCCUGGAGUGCGGGAAGUGCUUCUCUCACCGGUCGCACAUCGUGAAGCACCAGAAGUUUCACGUGAAAGAGAAGCUGUCUGCCGCAGGGAAGUUGCCUUGUCCUGGAGCAGUCAAACAAGAAGCGCUCUGAAUCCUUAGUGAGGGUCAUUCCAUAUCAAGUGAUCCAAUUUUUAAUUACUUUUUUUACCAUCCAGUUUUCUUAAAACUUAGUACUUGUUGAAUGAGCAAAACUAAGUUUGAAUCUAAAUUUUUAAUUCUUUUAUCUCAUCCCGUUUUUGAGGUACGAAGGUUUGGAAUUUCAAAAAAUUGGCAAUUUUGAUCAUGCCCUACUACACAAAAACCUUAAAAGCUCAGCCCAGAAUGGAGAUAUUUCAAAACUAAAAAUAUCAAUCUCUUCAGAAGUUUAAUAUGAUGUGGCACACGAUGGAUUUCCUUUAAAUUUUAAAAUUAAGCUAAAAAAUUUAAAGGUGAUUUUAAAAAAUCAAUAUGAUUAAAAUUUCCCCCAAAAAAUAUAUGGAAUAUUUCAUAUUUCUAAGAGCUUUCUGCAAAAUUUCAUGUUGGGAUCUCAAUGAUAUCACAUUCAAUAAAAAUAUUUUGUACGUAGAUGUCUGCCUUAUCGGAUUCUAUUUAGCAUAAGUGGGUUUUCUUGAAGUAAAAUAUAACAGAAUAAACAAGACCUUCAGGCAUUUCUUUUAAAAGUUAUUCAAUUAAAAGCCAGUCAGGUUUUUCUUUUAAAAAUGUAUUUCAAAGCAGAAUGAUAGCUUGCUGAAAUCUGGGAUCUUCCCUUAUACAGUGGUACCUCGGGUUAUGUACCUGAUUUGUCCGGGCUGCGGUACGUAACCCGAAAAAUACAUAACCCGAACAACUGCGAAAGAGCGCUUCUGCGCAUGUGCGAACUGCGCAGAAUGCACGGCAAACCCGGAAGUAAACGCUUCUGGGUCUGCCGAGUACGUAACCCGAAAAGUACGCAACCCGAAGCGUACAUAACCCGAGGUACAACUGUACUACUUUUAGGAAACUGAAAGCAAUAUAAAAUGGCAAGGUAAAAGUCACUGGAUCACUUGACAUGAAAUGACCCAUGAGAGUUGUAUUUCCCUGUUAACAAAUCGCCCAGAGAGUUUUGCACAGGACUAAGCUUGGAAAUGUGAACCCACGUUGGACUGCCACAGUUCCGAAUUCAGCACUGGGGAGUUCUCUCAGGUGAAUAAACUCUUGAAGCACCUGAGUCCAGAGCUGUUUGCAUUGAACAGUGCUUUUUCCAAGGCCCUGAACUUGACGUGAAUUGAGAGAUUUGUGCUUACGACUGACGUGCAUCUGAUUCCUCCAGUUUCUCCAGUAACAUCAAGUGAAAAGAGAUCAGCGGUGUGAUGUUACUGCACUUGACAUUUCCCUGCCUCCUGGAAUUAUUAUUAUUAUUAUUAUUAUUAUUAUUAUUAUUAUUUGUUAAUUUCUUCCUGCAAAGCACCUCGAAGCAAUUUCACAAGUACAAUUAACCGUAUUAUUUUUAUUUAUUAAAUUUCUGUCCUGUCCUUUUCCCUCCCAAAGGAGCCCAGGGCAGCAUCCGUCAAAAAGUUAAAGCGAUGUAAUUUAAAAUACAAAUUUAGUUUAAAAAUAAUUUUAAAACCGCACAUGUAAAACAACUGCACACGUGAAAGCUAUUAAAAUAUUACGGUAUACAGCCAUCUCCCCACCUAACGCAGGGGUUACGUUCUUGGGUACCGUGCAUACAUGUGAAAUUACGUGUAGUGGGGAUCAUCAUUGAAAAAGCCUGCAAACACCUAUAGCCUUUUAAAACCUUUUUUUUAAAAACCCCUUUCAAAAGCCAGCAGCACUUACCAGACUGGCCUGAAUGGUGGCUCGGUCCGCAUCGCUGGAGGAUGUUGUGGAAACUCUGACAAGUGGGGUAGACUGAUAGGCCAGAGUGCCUGGCUGUGAUUUUCAUGCCUUUUCAUGCCUUCUUGCAGUUUAAAUUACAGUGGUACCUCGGGUUGCGUACUUGAUCGGUUCCGGGGUGCCGUUCGCACCCCCGAAAAGUACGCAACCCGAGCGUCCAUUUUGCAAAAGCGCGAUAUCACGCUUCUGCGCAUGCACGACCUGCGCAGAGCGCUUCUGCUCAUGCGCAGACCGCGCGUGGGGCGAAAAAUACUUCCGGGUUUGUGGAGUACUCAACCCGAAGCAUACGCAACCCGAAGCGUACGUAACCCGAGGUAUGACUGUAAUUUAUUUAAUUAGUUCUGGGUCAGAGAGUUAUAGAAUUUGUAGAGCCGGAAGGGGCCACAAGGAUCAUCUAGUCCAACCCCCUGCAACUCACGAAUCUUUUGCCCAAUGUGGGGCUCGAACCCACCACCCCAAGAUCAAUAAGAGUCUUGUGGUCUACUGACUGAGCCAUCCAUACAGGAAAAGGAGAUGCAGCUGACUAGCAGGUUUCCCCC